GUCACGCACUUCAAGGUCGUUGAAACCAACAAGACAACGAAAAACCCAAAUCAUAUAUCACUGUAUAUAUAUAAAUACACUUCGCUUCCUUCUCUCUCCAUUUUACCAUUUUACUUUUAGAAACCAAAUAGCUUCCUUGCUGCUUGGUCUUCCGAAUUCCAAUGGCGCUUUCCAGAAAACUUUUUCAGCACCGGAGCUCCGUAUCCGUCUUUGGAGCCCGAUCCAUGUCGUGGUGGCGGAGCGUGGAGCCAGCUCCAAAGGAUCCGAUUCUCGGCGUCACAGAGGCCUUCCUCGCCGAUCCCAGUCCCGAAAAAAUCAAUGUUGGAGUUGGUGCGUACCGAGAUGAUAAGGGCAAGCCAGUUGUUCUCGAAUGCGUCAGAGAAGCAGAGCGGAGAAUUGCGGGAAACUUGAACAUGGAGUAUCUUCCUAUGGGAGGAAGUGUGAACAUGGUUGAAGAAACAUUGAAGCUGGCCUAUGGGGAGAAUUCUGAGCUCAUUAAAGAUAAAAGGAUAGCAGCAGUGCAAGCUCUCUCGGGGACAGGUGCAUGCCGUCUUUUCGCAGACUUUCAAAAGCGUUUUUGUCCAGAUUCUCAAAUCUAUAUACCAGUGCCUACAUGGGCCAACCAUCAUAACAUCUGGAGAGAUGCUCAUGUCCCUCAAAAGACUUUCCAUUACUAUCACCCACAGUCUAAGGGGUUGGACUUUGCAGGACUGGUUGACGACAUAAAGAAUGCUCCAAAUGGCUCGUUCUUUCUGCUUCAUGCGUGUGCUCACAAUCCUACUGGAGUGGAUCCUUCAGAGGAACAAUGGAAAGAGAUCUCAAAAAAGAUUAAGGAAAAGGGCCAUUUUCCUUUCUUUGACAUGGCAUAUCAAGGUUUUGCUAGUGGUGACCCAGAGAGAGAUGCGAAAGCCAUCAGGAUUUUUCUUGAGGAUGGCCAUCUACUUGGAAUUGCCCAAUCAUAUGCCAAAAAUAUGGGACUUUAUGGCCAGAGAGUAGGAUGUCUUAGCGUGCUUUGUGAGGAUGAAAAACAGGCAGUGGCUGUAAAAAGCCAGUUGCAGAUGCUUGCCAGACCCAUGUAUAGUAAUCCACCUGUUCAUGGAGCGCUUAUAGUUUCAACGAUCCUUGGUGAUCCGGACUUGAAGAAGUUAUGGCUCAAGGAAGUUAAGGGCAUGGCAGAUCGCAUCAUUGGAAUGCGAACUGCUCUACGAGAGAACCUUGAGAAACUUGGGUCACCCUUAUCAUGGGAGCACAUAACUAAUCAGAUUGGUAUGUUUUGCUAUAGUGGAAUGACACCUGAACAGGUUGAUCGCUUGACAAAUGAAUUUCAUAUCUAUAUGACUCGCAAUGGUCGAAUAAGUAUGGCGGGUGUUACAACUGGUAAUGUUGGAUAUUUGGCAAAUGCUGUACAUGAAGUCACAAAAUCAGCUUAGAGAUCCAGUCAUAGGUCACAUACUCCUCAACAGGAUAUACGAACUUUAGCAGAUACUGAUUUUCAUAUCUUUUUCAUCUCCUUAUGAUAGAGAUAAGGAAGGAGAAAUAAACUACAACCACCAUUGAUGCGCUCUUCUCAGUUUCUUCCUCCAUUUUUUUAUUGUACCGGAGGGUAGUUUUUAUCUGGGUUACACAUUAAGUCCUGUAAUUCAAGAAGCACAAAAUAAAGAGCGACAUUUUAUCCAUAUCA